CACGCCCGUCAGUGCGGUUGCGCUGGGUCAGUGAUGGCGGGCGGGCGGCGGGCGGUGCUGGCGGCUCUGCUGGCGCUGGGCUCGGUAGUCCUGGCGCUGGCGGCCGCCGUCCUGCUCCGCGCCUUCGUCCUGCGAGCCCCGGCUGGCGUCCCGCGGCUCUGGGCACGGAGCGCCGGCAGCGCCGCCCUCAGCGCCGGCGAGCGGCGGGAGCUGAAGGAGGCGCUGCGAGGCGCCAUUAAAAUCCCAACUGUGUCCAGGUCUCCAGAGGAUUUGAAUACAACUGCCAUGGCAGAAUUUGGGAGUUACAUUCAGAAAGUCUUCCCGGCUGUAUUUUCUUCAAAGUUCAUCCAACAUGAAAUUGUUGGGAAAUACAGCCACCUGUUUACAGUUCAGGGCUCUGCCCCUGGCCUGCUGCCCUAUAUGCUGCUGGCACACAUGGAUGUGGUGCCUGCUCCCCCUGAGGGCUGGGAUUUCCCUCCUUUCUCAGCUGCAGAGCACGAAGGUUUCAUCUACGGACGAGGAACGCUGGAUAACAAAAACUCUGCCGUUGGCAUUCUGCAAGCUCUGGAAUUCCUGCUGAGGAGGAAUUACAGACCCCGCCGCUCCUUCUAUGUUGGCAUUGGCCACGACGAGGAGGUGUCUGGGCUGAAGGGAGCAAGGAAAAUUGCAGCUCUGCUGGAAGCCAGAGGAGUGAAACUCUCCUUCCUGCUGGAUGAGGGGAGCGCAGUGCUGGAUGGCAUCAUUGCAGGGGUGAAGAAGCCAGUGGCUAUGAUUGCUGUCACAGAAAAAGGUUCAAUGACACUGAACUUCACUGUGGAAAAAGAGCCAGGGCAUUCAUCCUUUCCUCCUAAGGAGACAAGUAUUGGCAUUCUGGCAGCAGCCAUGUCCAGGCUGGAGCAGAAUCCCUUGCGCAAUCUGUUUGGCUAUGGCCCAGAGCUCAUGACUAUGGAGCACCUCGCAGCAGAGUUCAAGUUUCCUCUCAACAUCAUCAUGAGCAAUUUGUGGCUGUUCUCACCUAUUGUCAGCAGAGUGCUUGCCUGGAAACCUUCCACCAAUGCCUUGAUCCGAACGACCACUGCAGUCACCCUGUUUAAUGCAGGAAUCAAGGUGAAUGUCAUCCCUUCCUCUGCCAGAGCCACGGUGAACUUCAGGAUCCACUCGGCUGAGACAGCUGCUGAGGUGCUGGAGGCAGUCAGGAACACCAUUGCUGAUGAGAGAGUGAAGAUUGAUGUGGUGGAGGCCUUUGACCCCCUGCCCAUCAGUCCUUGGGAUGAGCAGACAUUUGCAGUCCAUAUUUUUCAAAGAACCACCCUGGACACUUUCCCAGAUGUUGACAGUGUAGUCCCAGGCACGUGUAUUGGAAACACGGACAGCAGGCACUUCACCAACGUCACCAAGGCCAUUUACAGGUUCAACCCUCUGCUCCUGAAACAGGAUGAUCUCCCCAGGAUCCAUGGGUUGAAUGAGAGAAUCUCCAUUGAGAAUUACGAGAAACAGGUGGAAUUCCUCUUUCAGCUGAUCAAGAACUGUGACAUUGAGACACUUCCAGAGCCCCACGCCAACUCCCACGAGCUCUGAGAGACUUCUGGGAAGAGCAGCUGCAGGUGGACUCUGGGACAAGGGGCUGAAGAUGCACUUGUGUAUUGAGCUACAGCUGGAAUUUGGGGGGUUUUGAUAUUGUGGUUUACAUACAGAUGGGAAAAAUGCUGGUUGUGUGAUAGGAACCUGGCCAAACCCAACAAAUAACCCUGAUUCCUGCUCUCUGUGGUCUGAUGUGCAGCCAUUAAUCUGACAUUAAUUUUUUUCAGCACUUUAAACCUCUGAAAUGGGUAAUCACUAAAAAUCUAAGUUAUAAUCAGCAGUCACUCACCAUUAGAAGGUGACUCAUCCUGUGUGCUUCUGACAAAUUCCUUUUUUAUGGUGAGUGGAUCUGUCUCAGGUGAGGACUCUGCCAGAAGCUCACGGGGAGGGUUUGUGGCUUGGUGGGAGGGUUCCUGUCACUGGUACAGCCACACUGAGAGGUUCUUGCACUGCUGCUGGGCACUGCUGCUUCCCAGGGGAUUCUCCCAGGGGAUGCUGUCACCAUCAUCCAUGGUACUCUGAGCCAGGGUCAGUGCUCACUCCCAUGGCUGCACUGAUUUCUGACUCCAUUUUCAGGUACUCCAGAGCUUCCAUGUUGUUGUAACUGAAGAGGUGCUGAAAAUUUUCCUUCCCAUCAUUUUAGUGAUGUUUUCUUUUUCCCCUCCCUGACACAUGGUGUGGCUCAGGGUGUGUUGUGCAACUGGGUGUCAGAAUAAGGGAUUGCAGCUUUAAAUAAGGAAUUAAAUCCCUGUUGUCUGCUCGUCUCUUUUCCCACUGAAUCACUUUAUGCUUCUCCUUUGUUUUUCUGAGAACUUGAUUGUGAAAGAUGUGAAGUCCUUCAGUUCUCCCAUUUCAGAGGGCUCAGAGGUUUGUUCCUUCACUGCCAGUGCAAGCAAUUUCCACUUUCCUGCUCAGUUUUUUGGGAAUCCUGGGGAAGGCAGGCCAUGGGUGUUAACACUGUUUUAUCUUGCACUUCUUGCCUACCUAUGACAGCACUCAAGGGUUCAGCAUUCUUUUGGCCUUGACAGUUGAGGUCACCAGUAUUAAUUAGACAAAUAAUUUAUUUACUCAGUUAAUUAAAUUAAUUCUAUCAAUAAAUAGUUAACAAAGUGAUGUUAGCCAAAGAAAAGCCUGAAAGCUGCUGUGUGACAGUGGCAGUGUCUGUGCUGCAGGGACCAGUGCAGCACCUCCUGCUGCACAGAUGUGUCUGUUUUUCAGAGCUUAAAUUGUGCACUGGGAUGGGUGGAUGUUCUGCUCUAAAUUCAUACUGUGAAAUGAGCUGGAAUGUAGAGGAAAUACCGUGAAAUGUAUCCUGAAAAACACUGAUGGAACUGUGAUUCCAAUUCUUUCCGUUCACCGUUCUCUUAUUUAUUUGUAGUCUGAUCUUAUCACUAUGGCCAGAGGGCUCCAACUGUAUCACUGAGUAAUUGAAACAAAACUGACAGUUUCAUCUAAUAAAAUGAAGAAUGUGAA